CCGCUGAUAAUGCAGAUGCCGAGGCCUACGCAGAAAGCCAAGCGGGAGAAACUGCAGCAGGACGCGGCCUCGGAAAGAAGAAGACGACGUAUGUUGCUGAGCCUGUGAAGAAGAUUCCUCCUCCAGUUAUUAUGGCUGCACCAACAAAGAAAGCUGCACCCAUGAUUAUUGAGGCUGCUCCAUCAAAGAAAGGGAGAUACCUUGCCGCCGAGGAUGAGGUUGAGGUGCCAUUCGAGACCGAGCAUAUUGAUACUGAGCAAUAUGAAACUGCAGAAGAGCGUGGUCUUGGCAAGAAAAAGAAAACGAUGUACAUGGAACAACCCCUGAAGGUUGCUCCUCCUCCCAAAAAGUAUGCACCACCUACCAAGGCUCCGGCCCCAAUCAUGAUGGCAGCUCCUACCUUUUUUCGACGAGGGUACCAGUAA